CUAAGGAGGCAUGUGUGAGGGGUAAUAUAACCCACCAGCAUGACAUUGAACCUGCAGAAACAGCAGAUACGCUCUAUACUACGGCCAAAAAAGGAGAGAGUGGAGGAGAGAGAGAGAGUUAGAUACAGAGAGAGUUAGAUAUAGAGAGAGUUAGAUAUAGAGAGAGUUAGAGAGAGAGUGAGAGAGUUAGAGUGUGUGUGAGAGAGAGACAGAGAGAGAGAGCAGGUGUGGAGGUCUGCAGUGAGGAGCGGCUCUGUAUCUCCUGAGUUUCACCUGUCGUCUCUCUCUGUGAGGACAGUAACUGCGACUCUGCUGCAUUUAAGUGUGCCAACAUGGCGGGUACAGUUCCAGCUCUCCCAGAAUCUUUUGCUCCGAGUUCAGACAGCGUCUUUUCAGACCAGUUUGGGUUCUACUCCCUGGACUCCAACGUUCCUGGACUUUCCAAAGUCAUUCUGGACAAACUCAGCAUGAAGGAUUACUCAGAAUACAGGGCUGCUCUGGAGGGGAAGUCUAAGGUUGGCUUUCGUUCUCAUAAGGAGAUGUUUCAGAAACUGGAGGAGACGUUUCAGUUCUGCGCCUGCUGUUCUAAACUCCCCUCCAAUCUGUCUGAUCCUAAAGCACUCAAACGCUGCAUCAAGUGUCUAAAUGUGUAUUACUGCAGUAAAGACUGUCAAAGGAAGGACUGGCCUCUCCAUAAGAAGUUCUGUAAGAUGCUACGCAUGGUGGCCAUAGACAGGCUGGUGGAGUGGCUCAUUCACACAGGAGACUUGCCUUUCCCCACGGAGGCGUGGUCUCGUCCCGCUAAAGAGAUACGAUGCUGGGAGGACUGGCUAUUCAUGCAGGGUGACCUCACACCACGAUUGGAGCCCAUCAUGUCUAGCAAAAACAUGACAGACCUCUGGGCCAAUGCCUGCAGGCCACGACCAGAGGACGUAGAACUUCGUGAGUCUGUGUGGCGUGUGUGUAGCGAGUUUCUCUCACGCCCACUGACGAUUGGUCUGGGGAUUCGGAUGUGUUGUCUGGACCCAUAUUCCCGUCCGCUGACCGUCCACCUGGUGGGUGCCGGUCAUAAUGAAACCCUGGGGGCCAGGACUACAGACCUAGAUGAGCUGAGUCGCAUGUUCUCUGGCCACCAAGGCCUGGAGGUGGUGAUGGUGGGGCCCGAGGUGGUUCAGGGGCCCAUCAUGAGGCCACCACUGAGGGUGUUUGGGCCCAGAGGAAAAGUUUAUAUCAGUGCCUACAAGGGCCUCUACCACCAGUUCUGGGAGGAAGUCGUGGAGAAAGGAAAGGCUGCCAGACCUGACCUUGUGGUGGGAUUUCAUCCAGGGUUCCAUGCGUCUCAGGGUUUGGGAGAAGGUUGGUUGCCCACACUGCUCCUGCUCAGAGAUUACAAUAUACCCUCACUGUUCACCAUGUACAAUGAUGGUGAGCUGCAGUACUCUCUGCAGAUCCUGCUGGAGUUGGAGAUGAACAUUAAGGGCACUGGGCCGAACCCCUUCAGUUCCCAGAAGGCCGAGCAGGUGCAGUCCUGCCCCAACAAACAGCCCAGCUACUGCAACGCCUUCUACCUCCACUUCCAGGGUCUGCUGGACACGGCGCUGGAGGAGGAGCUGGAGCUGUAGAACGUAAAGCUGCUCUAGUGCUGGUUCUUCACACACACUGCUACGAGAACAAGCUACAGAAUUACAUCACCUCCAGUAGAACUGGUAGGACUUCAUAUGCUCAAAGGAACCUUCUGACAAAGUCCAGCACACAGUGACCUUCCUGAAGUUUGGGAUUUUUGCAUUUUUACUCAGAUGUGUUUUUUUUUCUUGUAAGUGUCCUCAAGCCAGCAGAUAUCUUUAGAGAAGAUGCAUCUACAGGACAGUCUAGAACAGAACAGUAGCAUGUCUAUAUAGAACCUUUCUGAAAAUGGUUCUAUAUCGCACCAACAAAGGGUUCUCUUAUUGUUACAAG